GAAAAUGUAUUUACCUUGUGAAGAAAUGUGGCAGGGCGAGGCCGAGUCGCACGAAGACUUCCCAAAAGUCUUCCAGCAACUUUGCUGACUAUCCGCGUCGAGGCCAUUUUUCAAGCGCCAACCCUAUUCAGCAGUCUACUUCAGUCCAUUCUGCUUGAAAACCAGCCUGCUGUGCGUUGCUAUAAACUCCGAAAAAAGAGUACAAUGUGUAGGAAAGGAGAGGCCAGAAGACGGCACGUCAACAGCGGGACAGCAGAAGCCACAGCCCAGUUUCCUCUUUGGCUGACGUCCCCUCCCUCUGGCUGCACUUUCCAGCUGCUAGUUUUGUCUUACUGUGUGUGUGAGUGUGUGUGAGAGGGCAGAACCACCGGCUGGGGAGGCGAGAGAAAAGAAAAGUGAGUGCGGGAGCUUCAAUGUUGAAACCACCGCGUCAUUUGUGACGCUAAUUGCUAACAGCUAGCUAGCCAGCUAGCUCGUCUACAGUUAAAUGUACUGCCACCAGAGUCGUGUAUAGAGAGAGUAUGGCCAACCCGGUUUCAGAAAGAAGACAAGUAUGGGGAAAAAGAGGUUCGCCAUCGACACUGGAGAGCCACCAACAACAGUGUCUUGUGCGAGUACUGCCACCAGAGUCAUGUAUAGAGAGAGUAUGGCCAACCCGGUUUCAGAAAGAAGACAAGUAUGGGGAAAAAGAGGUUCGCCAUCGACACUGGAGAGCCACCAACAACAGUGUCUUGUGCGAGUCUGUUUCAGAAAGAAGACAAGUAUGGGGAAAAAAAGGUUCGCCAUGGACACUGGAGAGCCACCAACAACAGUGUCUUGUGCAAGCCUACACACCAAAGGACUGAUGCCAGUUACAAUGCAGAGUCAUCAAUACUCCCAGAGAGAAGACUGAGAGGGAGAGGCUGGAUCUAAUCAAUAUGCCGUGGCAAGCAGAGCUGCAAAUUGGGGGGCCAAAGUCCACCUGGCAGUUUUUAGCCAUAUCAAUGGUUUAGUAGCAGACACCUGUGUGUGUAAAGAGCAGGUCAAAGUUAAGAAUGUACAAUGAGGUCGACUCACCUUCGCAAUCCUUCCUCUCUCCACCGGCUACACAUUUCAUCUUCAAAGGAUGGCGGCCAGGCCAGGGCUGUAAUUUCUACAUCAAGGAGCGGAUGACGAGCAGGUGGAGCGGGAUAAAGCCGAGCGGAGGGAUUUAACCUGUGAGCUCACCUGAGAGGCAGCAUGCCCCAGUUGUCAGGAGGCGGUGGCGGCGGUGGCGGUGCAGGAGACCCGGAGCUGUGCGCCACGGAUGAAAUGAUCCCCUUCAAAGACGAAGGAGACCCGCACAAGGAGCAAAUCUUUGCCGAGCUCAGCCACUCCGAGGAGGAGGGAGACCUGGCAGACAUCAAGUCCUCGCUGGUCAAUGAGUCAGAGGGCAGCCCAAACAGCAACAGUCAUGAUGCGGUGAGACAGUCCCAAGACUCCUACCAUGAAAAACACAGAGAACAUCCCGAUGACGGGAAGCAUCAGGACAUGUACAACAAAGGCCAUCCGUAUCCCAGCUACUCGAGCUACAUCAUGAUGAGCAAUAUGAACGAUUCCUACAUGACCAAUGGCUCCCUCUCGCCGCCCAUGCCCAGAACGAAUGUGCUGUGGGCCAAUAAAAAAGCGAGCUGCGGGCCGCAAAUGGCCCCGAGGCAGGACUUUGGACACUCCUGGUUUAGGUCCAACAAAGUACCUGUGGUGCAGCCGUCCCAUGCAGUCCAUCCGCUCACCCCGCUGAUUACGUACAGCGACGAGCACUUCGCUCCGGGUUCCCAUUCCGGCCAUCACCCCCAGGAUGCCAAACAACAAGGAAUGUCAAGGCAUCACCCCGGACCCGACAUGUCCAACUUCUACUCACUGUCCCCUGGAGGAGUCGGACAGAUCACACCGCCGCUGGGAUGGUUCUCCCACCACAUGGUCCCCGGACCACCAGGUCCUCACGCCACAGGGAUCCCCCACCCAGCCAUCGUCAACCCCCAGGUCAAACACGAACCCCUGCACGAAACGGACAUCAUGCACAUGAAGCCUCCACACGAACAGAGAAAGGAGCAGGAGCCCAAAAGACCGCACAUCAAGAAGCCGCUAAACGCCUUCAUGCUUUACAUGAAAGAGAUGCGCGCCAACGUGGUCGCUGAGUGCACGCUGAAAGAGAGCGCCGCUAUCAAUCAGAUCCUGGGACGGCGGUGGCACGCCUUAUCUCGGGAAGAGCAAGCUAAGUAUUAUGAGUUAGCCCGCAAGGAGCGGCAGCUCCACAUGCAGCUCUACCCUGGCUGGUCUGCUCGAGACAACUAUGGAAAGAAGAAGAAGCGGAAGCGGGAGAAGAUGCAGGAGUCGGCCACGGGUACAGGCCAGAGAAUGAAAACGGCGUACAUCUGAGACAAAAAUGGAGGAAAGCGUAACAAGGUGUGGACAUGCAAAGCCAAGGCAGCAGCAGCAGCUACGGGGCCUCUGCUGGAGAUGGAGGCCUGCUAACAAUCCACUUAUUAUUAAUAUUAUUAUUACUGGACACCUCCCCCGCCCCGCCCUAACCAACACUCGCUGAAAGGUCAUCCCUUGCACUCCCCCUGCUGGAGAGACACGGAAACUGAACACGACAAUCACCAUCAGAGCACGCUCUCACUCACACUCCAUUUAAGUUAUUGUAAGUUAUUUGUCCACCUUUUGUGGACUUUGUAAGACCCCCAACAACCCCUGCUUUCCUCCCACUGGAUUCUUGAGGACCAUUUUUGGGGUUGAGAGCGACCAAACACCUCUUGUAGAUUGCACUAAGGAGCAUGGAGGGAUCUCAUCCACCUUUUUAAGUUGGACCAGUCAAAAGGAUCAAUGUUAUCAUUUUUUGGAAUUUUUAUUUCAGCCCUUUCUUUUAAUGUCU